CCUACAAUAGAAAACGUCUGCAUAAAAAUGUUUUUAUGGCACAAACCUAAUUAAUUUCAUUCGGAAAACAAUGUGUAUUUAUUCAACAUUAGUUGUAUUUAUUUUCCACGCCUUGAAUAUUUUUAUUACUGCGGAAGAGGCAUGUGAUAGUAUUUUAUGUUCAAAUGUGUACGAUCCGGUAUGUGGUGUAGCAACUGCGGGGGACGGCAGGAGUUUCAUUAAGAGAUAUCAUAACAUAUGUUACCUCACACUAAUACAAUGUCGCUUCCCUCUUGCUAAUCUUGUACAGAUACCAGACGAACUUUGCAACAUAAAGAAAAUUUUAAUAAACAUAGAAAGCGGUCGAAGGCUUCACGAUUUCAGCAUAGUGGGUGCACAUCAAGCUUGCAAUCAUACGUGUCCAACGUACUGCCUCGAUAUAUAUGAACCAGCCUGUGCACAAAUCUGGACUCAUAAUAUGCAGUCGUAUGUGUACAAACCAAUGAUAAAUCAUUGCCACAUAGACCUUUAUUCUUGUGUCGUUGGUGUCAAUGUUACGAUUCAGCCUUUGAUAGGAAAAUGUUAUAAAAAUCCAUCAGCGUUAAAUUUUAUGUUUAACGUAGCAUCUUUAAAAACCCUAAAGCUACUCGACGAGCCAGCUCAUUUUUAUGCAAAUUUAAAAAAUACCAGAAGAACAAAUAUAAACAGAAUAGUGCACCAGGAGAUUAAAGAGUUCGUGGAAAAACUUGGUGAUCGAAUCCGAUUUAAACUCCGGGAUUAAAUAGUCUGUAGAGUCCAUUUUAUUUUAUUCUCUUAAUACUAACUUCAUCUUGGAAGCAUAAAUGUUCUAGCGUUUGUAAUCUUAAUGCCAAUCUUGACUUUUAAUUAAAUUUCCUUCGCCAACCGCGAAGACUAUUAUAAAAACGGGUUUUAUAAUAUCGCUUAGCUCACUGAAAUGAAAUCAUUAAAGGAGUUUUGAACUGUAACUUAUUGUGAGUAAAUAAAAAAAUAUUUUAGGUCACGAAUAAAAACUAACUAGACAUUUAAUAUAUUCAAAUAAUAUGGUUAAAAACUAUUCUUUUAUUAUCGAACAUUCAAAAAAAAUAUGAUAGAUGAG